AUGGAGCUGAACAUACUAGAGCGUGUAGUAGCUGGAAGCGAGGAACCGAGCCAUCUAGAUUUGUCACUUCUACAGAGCAUCACGGAAAAUUUCUCUGGGCAGAGAAAAAUUGGUGUUGGUGGAUGUGGAGAGGUUUACAAGGGCAUCCUUCGAAAUGGAAUUGUUGCUGUGAAAAGGCUUUUCAACAGCCGAACAAUUAAAAACAAGAUGUUCCACAGGGAGAUUCAAAGUUUGAUCACGGUUAGGCACGAAAAUAUAGUGCGCUUUCUGGGUUAUUGUUCUUUUACAGAGGAAUGCGUAUUAAUAUUUGAAGGAAGAACAAUUAUGGCCGAUAUAAGGGAAAGGUUGCUUUGUUUCGAGUACAUAAGCAACGGAAACCUUGAGAACCAUCUUACAGCGUGUCGGUAUAUGUGUUCUUACUUCUUGUCAUGCAGAGGAUAUUGUGCUCCAGAAUACCUUUCAGAAGGCAAAUCAUCAAGCAAAUCAGAUAUAUAUAUUUUAGGAGUAAUGAUCACAGAGCUGGUGACAGGAACUAAAAACGAGGCUGAUCUUAGCAAAGAAAUCCCUUGCCUGGAGGACAUGCUUGGGAUUGAGCCGCUGGAAACACACUUUCCCUUUGAACUUGACCUGCAGAUAUCACACUCAAUUGAGCUAACCAACGAUACGGAUGAUUACAUUGCCUUCAUGACAAAGGCAAGGUCAUGCCGCUUCCGCAUAGAGCCAGACAAGGGCAUUGUCCCACCAGGAUCCAAGUGCAGUGUCACCAUAACAAUGCAAGCACAGGUCAAUGCACUGCCAAACAAUCACCACAAGGAGGAGAUCACCGUGCUGAGCACCCGAGUAGAUGGAGGUCUUGCUGCUAUGGAUAUAACUAGAGACGUGUUCAUUGAGAAGGAGGGUAAUGUGGUUGAUGAGGUGAAUGUGAUGGUUGUUUUUGACAAUCCAGCACCAGCUGAUGAGGAAUCUUGA